AUUAACCGAACAGUUUGACCUUGUUUGCUUAUUAUUUUUGUAGUCCCAUUUAAGCAAUUUAACGUUGAAACGCUUAGCACAGUAACACGGCUUACAUUGUGGCUAAAUGAUGAUAUCUAAGUUAGCUAACGUUAGCUAGCUAGCAUUAGCUGGGUAGCUACAAGCGGUGUGUCUAUUGAACAAACCGGUGAGGCCUACCUGAUCCUCGGUCUUUACUGUGGAGGCUCUACCGAAGACGAACAAACCAACAUUUACCCGGUUUUCUUUACCAAGUGAACAGCAUUUUUUCGGGCUUUCUCAGGAAGAAACGAAGUUACUGCUGCGAACUCAAAAACAUCUUAGUGCCUGAGAAAAAUGGAAGCACCUCCUGUUACAGUGAUGCCUGUCACCGGGGGCACAAUCAAUAUGAUGGAAUACCUGCUGCAAGGCAGUGUUUUAGACCAGGCUCUGGAAAGUCUCUUGCAUCGCCUUCGAGGGCUGUGUGACAACAUGGAACCUGAGACCUUUACAGAUCACGAACUGGUUUAUCUUCUGAAAGGCCAACAAGGAAACCCUUUCAUUCUGCGUGCCCGGCGUUCCCUCUCCCACCCCACAUGUCCAUGGCACCUACGCUACCUAGGCCAACCUGAAGUGGGGGACAAGAGUCGCCAUGCCCUGGUGCGCAACUGUGUUGAUGUGGCCGCCUCUCACAGCCUGCCAGAGUUCCUCAAUGAGAUGGGCUUCCGCAUGGACCAUGAGUUUGUGGCCAAUGGGCACAUAUUCCGCAAAGGUGCUAUGAAAAUUGUGGUUAGCAAGUUGUCUCGCAUCCUGGUACCGGGGAACACAGAGAACACAGAGCGUCUAUCACUUUCAUACCUGGUGGAGCUGAGUGUGUUGGCUCCCGCCGGCCAGGACACUAUGUCAGAGGACAUGCGCAGCUUUGCUGAGCAACUCAAACCCUUGGUUCACCUGGAGAAGAUUGACCCCAGCAAACAGAGGCAUUGAAUCAUUUAGAGAGCCAAGUCAUCUCUGACUACCAUGGACAAAUAAGAGCUCCUAUUUUCUUUAAUGAUAUUUCCGUUUUACCUAAAAUUAAAUACAGUGCAUCUUUGACAGUUACACGUCUUCUGGUCAAUUUAUGUGAGCUGGAAAAUUAUUCGACUAUUAAUUCAAAAUAUUACUGCAUUUCGCCAAAGCAUGGUUACAGAAGUUUUGACAUGGUAACCUCACUCUUUCACCAAUUAACACAGUUUUGGUUAAAUUCAUUGCUGCUUACCAAGGAGGAUGUUAUGCUUUUGGUGCUGUUUGUUUGUUUGUCUCUUGGUCAGCAGGAUUAAGCGAAGCUACUGUCCUGAUAUUCAUGAACUGUGGUGGAAGGGUGUAGCAUGGGCCAACCAAUUAAAAUUUUGGAGCAUAUCCGAA